UGGAAUUCCCAUUCUUUAUGAAGAUGCUUCAGUUCAUUUGAAAAAGACAGAUGUUGAACCAAGUAAGAUGGCUUCCCCAUGGCUACCUUUGCAUAUCAAUGUGAGCAAGGGUGAAGACAAGAUACCAUAUGAAAAACCGCUCCACUCUCCAAUAUCUCCUCCUUCAUCUUUACCUGAGCACAUAAAAUGCAACAUACUUAAAGCACAGAUGGACACUGUCUACAGGGUCGGGCCUCAGGUUGGUAAAGAAGAUACAUGUGUUUCAGACUUAAGUAAGCGUCCAAGCCUCCAGGACUCUAAUGUAAGGAGUCCAGCAUCUACCCGCACUGAGAGUAUACAAUCUACAGGAUCAUCCUCAAGCAAGCAAGAAACACGACCACCAAGAUUAAAAAAGUUGAUCAGACAGUAUAGUUUUAAUCAUAGUGAUGAGGAUGAUCUUCCCCCAGCACUAGCUGCAGUAGCUGCUGAAUCUGCUGCUGAGCAGAGAGCGGCCCUUCUCCUGGCUUCCAAUGCAAAUUCUCAGGCUUCCUCUAUUGAAAAGAGUCCUAGUAGAGCAAACAGCUCAUUCACAUUAGAGCCAGGUGACCUUCUGAUGGAUUUCACAGAAGCAACACCAAUGAUAAAGGCAUAUCCCGCUGAACCAUCAAAUUCAUUUUUUGAUCCCUUUACAACAAUACAACCAUAUCCUGUAGAUUUAUUAGAGACACCAAUACAACAGUACUCCUCUGCACAGCCCUCUCCAAAGAGAAUGUCACCGGCCAUUCAUCUGGUACCAUCCAGACAACUCAAGAACCAAGCACAAGCAAUGCAGGGAGCUCAUUCAUCACACAUAUCUUUAGUGGACAGUUCAGAGGCACGCAGACGUGAGCUUGAAAGAGAGAAGAUGAUGAAAAGACUUUUGAUGACAGAACUGUGAAUUUCUUGUGUUCAUCAUCAGAGCACCGGACUCGGGUCUUUCGAGUGCCUUCUGUCACUUUACAUUCCACUGUGUUAUUUAGGAAGGCGAAUGCCUCCUACUGCUUUGGAAAUAAUGGGCCAAAACUAGUGAUCUAGACUACAGUUAGUUAAAUACCAACAUACUGCAUGUAAAAAGGAAAUGUUAUUGCUUUAUCUUGUACAAUGUUUAUUAUUUGUAAAUAGUUUAAGAGAUUAACAUUAUACAGAAUAUUUUAAUAGCUACAAAUUAUACAAUUUAUUAUCCUACACAGCUUAAUAUUUUUCAAUAAGGUAGUCCUUUCACAUUUCUCAUAAAAAGUUGAGUGAAUGAUUCAGUGAUGGUGCA